AUGUCGCCACUCAGCAUUUGGAAUAGGGUUCAGGGAUUAAGAAUAUGCAGACUUUGGAGUCUAGUCGCUUUGUCGCAUCUCGAACGCAUACGGUCCUUAGCUCAUGGGAUCUCAACCCCGACGAAAACAUUGUUUUAUGCUACGGGAAUCGCUUUCCAAUUGCAAUUCGGUGACCCGGGCAAAAAGGCAGCUGGAGCUUCGUGA